AUGAAAAAUUUGCAAGAAUUCUGCGCACUUGGAAAUGGAACUUCAUUAAUCGUGUGGAAUACAAAUGAUUUUGGCUCUUGUUUCAAACUCUUAUGCCUUGUGCUCCCAGCCAAUAUUUUCUUGAUUUGUUCGAGCAUAUUCUUUUCAAGGGGAAAAAGGCAGCGAUUUCAACUUCCGGAAAGUCGCCUUUACUUGUUCUCAAAUCUGCAAAUUCUAGUUUCGUUUUCGAUAUUUUUAGAGUCACUGAUUGAAGUUUUGUGCUCAUGGUUUGUUAAUCAUUAUCACCCCCCGGUUUAUCUUGUUACGAGUUCGCUUGUGGCAAUAGCAUGGAUUUCAAACGCUGUCUGUGUGCGGAGAAACAGGGUGGUUAUCCUCGUGAAAAAAUGCUACGCUACAGUUCAUAUCAUGGUUAUAAUUUUGGCAUUUUUUAUGACAACUUUACAGUUAUAUUCUGUCAUUUUGAGCAUCAAGAGACAAAGUUUUGAUUCACUACUUGUUUACGAAUAUGGCACUAUAUGCAGAUUUUCUCUGCAGAUUAUCUUUCUGCUGCUUCUUAUACCACCAAUUUGUGUAAACCGAGAUUGGAUUGGGUUGCAUGUGGAAUUCUCGUCGUCAGCUGCAUCCAGCGAUAUUCAGGGCGGCACAGAAAGAGAUGCAUUGCUGCGAAAUGCGUCGAGAGGUACAUUUUACAGUGGAACACAGUGUAUCUCUGAUGACCUUGGAGUUGCAGAGGAAAAAGCUAAUAUUUUAUCUAAAUUAACAUUCUGGUGGGUGAGACCUAUGAUGAAAAAAGGUUCAAAGGGAAACCUUCAAUAUACAGAAGAUCUGUUUUUACUACCUCAAAGUCUUUCGACCAAACGGCUAAGAAUUCUUUUUUCAGCUAAUUUUGAUAGUUCAACUGAGGAUCUUGAUGCAAGGAAUAAACUAGAAGACAGCUUUUCAAGUGAAUCUGGUUAUGGGGGUAUUACAUUUUCUCCAGGCACUAUACAGAAGAGUGUUUCAGAUCCAAAUUUUAGACGAUAUUCCAAUGUGAGAAGAAUGACAAGUACUGGUAGCCAUGCUAGCACAGAAUUUUCUGAAAAGGAAGGUAAUGGGUCAGGUCCUGAAGUAAGUAAUCCACGAUCUCUCUUAAGUGCUCUUCACCAUUCAUUUGGUCUGCAGUAUUACUGCAUUGGACUUCUGAAGUUAACAGGAGAUGCUCUCAGCUUUGCAGGUCCGCUUUUGCUUCAUGCACUGGUGUCUUUCAUGGAAAAUAGACAGGUUAGUCAGUGCCCUAAGCUCAAUGCAUUUCAAAGCUGCCAUUUGAUAGCCUAAAGUGAUGAAAUGGUUGCCAGAAAGGGAAAUAGAUGAGCACCUUGAAUAAUAACAGGCAAUAAUUAUUACUCAAACGAUAGUGGAGCAACACUUGAGCUGUAAGCGAACUAUUGUAAAUUAUGUGCUUGUUCAGCUGCUUGCCAUAAUGAUAAUUUGGUAUAAUGUGACUAUAUCACUAACAUCUGCCAUUUUCUUCCAGGAACCAAUGUCUCAUGGCUAUUAUUAUGCUGGUGGACUGUUCCUGACAACAUUUUGUUCAGCUUUUAUAAAUUCACAGUUCAAUUACUGGGUUAGUUGAUAUGUCAUUGUUAUUUCCGUGGUAAGAAAGAAAUUCAAGAAAGCUGAUUGACUUUGUAAGCCUUUAGAGAUCUUCUUUUGUAAAAUGAAGGCCACUUUUGAAAACUUUAUCACAUCGUUCCAUGAAUUUGUCACUUUUGUGUCUGCAUUCAAUCCUAGAUGUAGGUGAAACCAGAGGGUUUCUAUUGAAAGUUCUCCAAAAUUUUAUUGGAGGGGAGUCCUGGAGUGCCAUGCUCUCCCCCCCUCCCCCCCUUUGUGAGAAUUGUUUUUGUUGUUGUUGUUGUUAGUAAACAACCUAUAAUAUUCUGGUGACAAAAACUGGUGAGUACCCUCGGAUUGGCUCAGUGUGACCUUCCCCUUUAAAAAACCCGGUUACCCCCCUGACUUGCAUAAUGUAUAUGUGUACAUAAUUUUACUACAUUGACCCUCUAACUCCCAAGAUCUGAUUUUUAAUUCUCUCCUCCUGCUGCUACACAAUUCCAUGUAAAUUAGUUGUGAGAAUUUGGUGUAAGAUCAAGAUAAAAACUUCAAUUUUUGUGAUAAGUUUUAUUAUUCUCAUUAACCGUUUGCUAGAAAACGUAUAGAUAUCAUGGGGAGAAAUUACAUGUUAGUCACUUCUGGGAGUUAAAGGGUUAAAUGAAAAACAACACAAUAGUUAUACUUACUACAAGUGAAGUUGACUUGCAACUGUUCACCAUGGUUCUGCACAGUAUGAAGCUGUGGGCACUUAUGCUAUGUUCUUUUUAUUUCAAAGUAAUUUUUGAUCAGUUUAUUUGUUUGACAGAUGAUUAUUUGUUUGUUUUUGUGGUUUCCUUAGGUAAACAGAGUUGGCCUGAAAAUAAGAGCUUCUGUUAUUACCACAGUGUACAACAAAGCAUUAUCUGUCAGCCUUACCACUUUGUCCAAGUUUACAACAGGAGAAGUAUGAUAUUAAAAUUUUGCAUCCUUCCAAUGGAUCUCACGUAAUUGGCACUUAGUUUUUCAAGGCACAGAGAGUAUAUAAUGCAUAUUUUCUUCGAGAUAAGUCGCAAGUUUUUUAACAAUUCCAUAAGAGGUAAUAUCAGGUGUGGAUCCUCAGAGAGCUCAGAAACUCUUAAUGGUGGCCAAUUUACAUUUUUAACUCAGUUAAUAAAUUUAAGCCAAAUUAUCUUUUAAUAAUGAAAAGCCAAUUUUCAAAGAAAGGCUACUUUGUACUUUAAAAGUUUUGAUUUUUUUCAAUAUUCACCAGGUAGUGAACUUUAUGAGCACAGAUACAGAUAGGGUGGUCAAUUUUGCUCCAAGUUUUCACCAAUUCUGGAGUUUGCCAUUUCAGAUUGGGGUAUCACUGUAUCUUCUCCAUCAGCAGGUAAAAUGCAUUUUGAUCUUCAUUUGAGAAUGGAAUUUUUUUCAACCUAAAUCCUAGUCAUGAAGCUUCCAAAUAAACUUAUAUCAUUCGGUGACUCUUUACCUUAGGUUGGUGUUUCUUUCUUGGCUGGCUUGGGCUUUGCCAUUCUUUUGAUACCCAUCAACAGAUGGUUGGCAGAGAAGAUUCAGAAAUUAAGCAAGGAAAUGAUGGCACAGAAGGACAGUAGAGUUAAGGUAAAAAUCUCAAAUUGACACUUUUUUAAGGGUUGAGAAAUUUGCAAUGGGAGGUGCAGUGGUCAUACAAUGAGUGUACAUGUACUGGAUUCUGGAUCAAGAAUUCUUGGUUUGAGUCUCAGCCAUUGUGUUUUUGAGCAGGACGCCUGAACCUUACUUGCUUUAUUAAACUAUAGACUGAAUAAUAAUUGUUGCUAAUGUUGAUGUAAUCUGUUGACCACAGAGAUGUUUGCUUUCCAUUUGGGUAGGUUAUGAAUGAAAUUCUACAAGGGAUAAGAGUUAUAAAAUUCUAUGCCUGGGAGAAAAACUUUGAAGAGAAGAUAGACAAUUUAAGGUUUGUAUCUUUUUCUGAAAACUUUUUGUGGAGUCUCUCAAAAAAUUUCACCCACCACAUAAUAGGAAAUGAAGAUUUAUUCCAACCUGAUUUAGUUUUGCAAAUCAGUAAGACCAAAUCAUGAAUUUUGGUGGGAGUGAUUGUUACUUUCGUGUAAUUUAAUUAGUCAGUAACUAGAAAGUUAAUUUGCACUGUGAAAGUCAGUGCAUCUUCAUUUUUUCCAGGGUAAUUCACACAUAUGUGUGCCUAAGUUUCUUUUAAAAAGUUUGCAAUGAUCUUGGGGCAUUGAAUUGUUGAAAUAUAAUGUUCUAAAUGUGCUGUGUGAACAAUCAGGAUUUUUCAUAUUUUUGGGGAGGAUAUUCUUUCAUCUUCUAUGAUAUUAUAUGAUCAUUCUAGAAUAUCAACUUGUAUUAAAGCUUUGCAUUUUUCCUUAGAGCUGCAGAGUUGAAGAGUUUGAAAGGAAGGAAAUACCUGGAUGCUUGGUGUGUGUACUUUUGGGCAACAACACCAGUUAUCAUCUCCAUACUGACUUUUACUACAUAUGCUCUGCUGGGAAAUAAGCUCACUGCAGCUAAGGUGCAUUGAAAAAUUCUCCUAUACAAUCUGUUAUCAAUUUUGUGCUGAAAAAUUUGUACAGGAAAAUGUGAGGAACUGUUAAUGUGAGCAUACUGUAAAGCUGUACCCUUGUAUCCUCUCUAUGUUGCUGUACCCAAUUAAUGAAAUUCCUGAUGCAUCAUAUUCUUGCCAGGUCUUUACAAGUGUGGCAUUGUUCAACAUGUUAAUCUCUCCACUGAAUGCCUUCCCUUGGGUACUCAAUGGAUUGAUGGAAGCCUGGGUAUCAGUCAAAAGGAUCCAGGCUUUUCUCUCUUUAGACAACCUGGACCUGACUGGUUACUACCAGCAGCCAAACCACUCAGACAAAGAGGAUAGUAAGUGUUGAUUGAACAAGUAUUUUUUUGGGGGGUUGAAGAAAAAAGAGAGAAAUAUGUUGGCUUAGUGAUUUUCAGCCUCAAUUAAUGUGGUUUUGUCAUUAACAGAGACACAAAGAAAAUAUAGGAGGUGGAGCUGGAAAUUUUGUCAUGCGGAUUCCUUUCAACUCCUAAAGAUCACCGAGCAUUUAGGCUGACUACAUGCAGUCUGUUGCUACUACAUGGGGGAAUGUGGGGAUAUUUUAUGGGGGGGGGGGGGGGUCUUCAGGAGGAUUCAAAGAAAGGCACUUGUGAAGCAACCUUUGCUUUGUUUGAAAUCUUUUGUUUGAGGUAUUUUUAUCCAGUGUAACCCCAAUCAAUUUUCAAUCCAUCUUUAAAAACCGAAGUUAGCCUACUUUCAGUCAGCAGAUUUAGUGGGUUGUUUUGGAACUUUUGUCUUGACGUACAAGUGUCUUUCUUAUCAGAGAAGAACUACAAUGUAUCUAAGUUUUGUCUUUUUUGUUUUUUUUUUUUUUUUUUCAUUCCAAUUUUUACUAGUGCCCAAGCCUCCUGAAGUAUUGAUACAGAACGGUCAUUUUAGCUGGAAACAACCCGAAGAGCCUGGUGAAGAGGAGCCAGCUUUCACAACCGCUGGAGACCUAACGAAUGUUGAUUUCUGCGUAGAAACAGUAAGCAAAACUUUAGAGCAACUUUCAACUAAUUAUUGAGAGUAAACCAGGAUUACAUUGGUUUUAGUUGUUUCGUGUAUGAGGGUGCGAAGGCAACAAAUUUGCCACAGUGACAAAGCGUGAGUUCUAUCAGCCUGAGUAGCAGACGCUCGUGGUAAGAGCGAGGAAGCACGCGUGCCAGAAGGCAAAUACGCGUGACAUCUUGGGCGUGUUUGGCGUUUGUCGAUCAUUCGCGCCAGGCCUGAUAUAAUUUAAUCAAUAUUAAAUCAACCUUUUAGUUUGUUGAGUUUUUCUUGAUGUUUAACUAGGGCCAGCUAGUUGGGGUGAUUGGUAAAGUGGGUUCAGGGAAGAGUUCUUUAUUAUCCGCCGUCACGGCAGAAAUGGACAAAAGGCUUGGAGAGGUAUGCUAUCUUUUUUGUAGCUUACGAGCAUGCCCUACUAUCAGCGCUGCAGGACGCGCAUUUCUCCGCCUCCAUAGAGAUUUGAGACGAGUCAGUAGGGGAGACGUAUGCUGGGUGUCAAGCACUAAUAAUAAUCUGCCAGAGCCCUUGCAGUCGUCUCGCCUGCUCGUGUUGCUCGUCACGAGGUGCCAAAAACAAGGGUCUGUUUGCUUGUCUUGAAAUUACACUUGUCUUCUUAAGCUGUUUAUCACUUACAGAUUUCUGCUCGGCUUAGUUUCUGUUGUUUUUGUACAAAAUAGGUUUUUGUCAAGAAACUUGAACGAGGCUUUGGUUUAGCUACCCAGGUAAGAGUGCCCGAAAUAAAAAGCUUACAUAUAUUUUCUUAGAACCAGUAAGAAAAUUAGUUCAUGAAACUAAAUUGACUCCUUCACCGACGUAGCACUACUGUUUCUUCCAAUAGAAACUUUCCGAUCAAACUCCCUCUGAGCUUGUCAGUAAUCAGUGGUAUUUUUAAGUUUUUUAUAAAAAUUCAUUCAACAUUCUCAUGUUUUGGCUAACUGCAGUUGAUUGUGAGGAGAAAUUAGAUCUAGUCUCUCUCAGGGGUCAAAGGGGGGGGGCCUUUACAGCUAUCGUGUGGGAUUAAAAAGGCGUAUUUUUGUUGCUAAUAUUUAAGGAACCGUGGAUUCAACAUGGUACAGUGAAAGAAAACAUCCUGUUUGGGAAACCUUUUGAUGUUGAGAAGUAUAGCGCAGUGAUAUACGCAUGCGCUUUGUCGGAGGUAAGAAUUAUUCAACUUUGUUUUCUCUUGGGGGCGUUAAACGAGUUGUUGUGGCUUCAGUGAGAAAAAGGAGGCCAACUUUUUCCUUCCAUUCCCGUUUGAAGGUGGAAAUGGGUGUUGACGAUUGGUUAUAGAGCCUGAAAAAUUUCUGAGAAGGGGUGGGGGAAUGAACAACGGACUAGCAUUCCUUGUGCUCCUCCAAACGGCUUACUCUGUUGUAAUUACAAGAAGGGAAAUUAAUCUUUCUCCUACUCUGUAUGGUGGCAGGUUUUACCAAAGUGAUGAUUUGUGCAUGUAGGGAAUCGUUAUUGCAUUAUUUCAGAUGAGUCCGUUUCCCUUCUGUGUCAUUCCACUGUUGUUUUGAUCUUUGAAAUUCAUCAUCAAUUGAAAGUGCUUCUUAUGAUUUCGUGACUACUUCCUUUUAUUUGCUUUGGGUUUUUACAUUAAUAGAUCCUUUUAAUUUGAAAUGUUGCCUUUCUUUUGUCUUAAAUCCUUCAAAGGAUCUUCAAAUGCUCCCCUCGGGUGACGAGACGGAGAUUGGUGAGAAUGGCGUAACGCUGAGCGGGGGACAGAAGGCUCGUGUGGCUUUGGCAAGAGCUGUUUAUCAGGUUGAAAGUCUUUGUGAAUGUAUCAUAGAGACUUGAUUUCGAAAAUCCCAACAUCUCUCAAUUUUUCACUCAGGACAAAGAAGUCUAUCUCCUCGACGAUCCCCUGGCGGCAGUGGAUGCGCAUGUUGCCGCUCACCUCUUCCACCAUUGCAUCAUGGGACUCCUACAGAAUAAGACCAGAAUACUUUGCACGCACCACACUCAUUUCCUGUCUGCCGCUGACCUGGUGGUUGUUAUGGACCACGGCUCGACUGCCUACACAGGGCCGCCCGAGGGAAUACUUCACACCGAGAAAAUAAUGAAAAGCCUCGCAGGCAACCCUGCUGAGGGGAAAAAGCCAGAAACAAACAAAAAUAAAGAUUCAGAGGAGGUGGAAGGCGAGAACACCGACGAAGGUUUAGUAAAAGAAGAAGAGAAAGAAGUUGGCGUAGUCAAAUUACAUGUGUACAAAUCUUACUGGCUGGCGAUUGGUCAUUGCUUGGCAACGAGUAUUUUACUGUCGCUGUUUUUAAUGCAGGGUAAUGUAACUAUUAUUAAUGGAGGCAAGAACAAUUUUCAAUGGAGUGUCGAAAGAAUCUAGGAAUGCAUUGUUGAUAUUUUACUUUGCUUUGUAAUUAGUCUAGAAAACUCGCACCACUUUCUCAACCAAUCAGAUGCAGAACUAAAACCAUUGGUGACUUGGUCGCCAGCGUUUUCUCGCGUUCUCCCGCGCUUUUGGCGCUUUUUUUACCUUGAGUUCUCAUUGGUUCCUCGAAGUAUUUUCCUUUCUUCUGAUUGGACAUUGUAAUUACUUUGGUUUUGGUUUUACAACAAUUGAUCCAAACGCGUUUUACUUGUAUUCCGACCUUGUUUUUGAAGGAAACUGAAAUUCGCAGGAAAACUGAAGCGUAAUGAUAUUCUUUUUUGGUAAGUUUGGCUUACCUGCUUUGCAGCGUUCAGCAACUGAUAACAUAGUCUAUGCUUGGCAAUAAUUACAAGUUUUCCGCGUCGACUGUCAGUUGUUCGUUCUUUCUCGCUUGGUACUAGGAAUGUGUUUUCUCGAGUUUUGAACAACUCUCUUCAUUUUUAUUUACUGGUUGUUCAUUUUCAGCUUCUCGAAAUGUAAGUGAUUGGUGGUUGGCCUACUGGAUUUCUCAUUCCCGCGGAAACAGCACUGCAGCACAUCAUCACGUGAACUUUUCAUCAGCCAAUCCCUUGAAUCACUUAAUUCCACGAGUGCUGACUGCUGACCAACUGGAAUUGCCUCAUGUUCACAUAGUUAAGGAUACCAUUACAUUUUAUCUGGUGGUAUAUGGAGGACUUGCUGUCGCUAACACGGUACGGGUACUUGUCUUGACGCUUCCAUUGUCUGACACAUCUGUGUGUAUUUUGAUGUACUUAAUUAGUCAGCACGGUACAGCCAUCUGGAUCAUAGAGAAAACAAGAUUUCCCUAAAAAAUCCUGGUGAGAACUUUAGGCAAGAGACGGAAGAGGCAGUGCUUCUUGUAGUGAUCGGUAUUAGGAGGCUCUACCCACCUGGUGGGGGAAGGGGGGUUACCUAUUUUAAGCUUUAAGUAUAUGAAAGGGUAUGUUGCAUAUCUAUCAAAAAUGGCCUUUGAUAUCCUCUUUUUACACCCUUCUUUGACGUCAUCCCGAGGUUUCGUGAUUAAGUUUAGGAAAAGGGGUACUGUUUCCGAUGUCACGUGCAAUCGAUAAGCUACCAUCGCGGCGGAGAGUCUGGCGAAAGGACGCCACUAACUCUAGGUGCAGGUAGGAGAAAGGAAUCAUAAGGUAGCUUUAAAAUCUUCCAUCAGUUUUCUUGUCGUGAAAUUCUUUACUGAUGACUUAGCGAUCGAACCUGAGGGAUCAAAAUUAAAAUUGAAGAGUCUUGUAGAUUCUUGAAAAUUCUCCAUACAGCGCAGAAGCAAAUCACGUCCUUUUUAUUUGUUCAUUCAGGACACAUUGUAAACAACAUCGCUUUGCUGCAACUUUCUUGCUUCGGCCUCAAAGAUGUUCUCUUUUUUUUCGUAGAUUUUCACUCUGUUCCGAGCUUUCCUGUUUGCGUAUGGAGGCAUCUGCGCCGCCAAGGUUCUUCAUGCGCGAUUGUUAAAUAGCAUUUUGUCUGCUCCUGUCUCAUUCUUUGACGUCACUCCGGUAAGUUGUUCAUAAGAGAAGAUAAGUCACCGGUAGUUUAUUGAAAGUCAAAUACGCAGGAAGUGGUUUCCCAAUCUCAUGAUAUAAGUGUUUAACAAGCUUUACCCUUCAUGUUACCAGAUUGGACGUAUCGUCAAUCGGUUUUCCUCGGACAUAGUAAGUAUUCUUGGUAAUUUAUUUUAUUUGCGUGCAGUGCUGUGUCAUAGCGAGUUAAAACUUUGGUUCUAAAACGGAAUCUGACGAAGAAUUUUCGCGACCUUCCUAAUGAGUUAAUAUUCCCGUAAAAUGCUGUUCAGUCUCGUUACUGUGUCAGCUAUUCCCUCUAGUUCCGUCGAACAAGGGGAUAACCGAAUAGGUCUAACACAGCUUUCCUCUGCGGAAAUUUCACUUCCCAACCACGACAAUACAAAUACAACAGACAGGAACCAGCUGACCACAAAGUCGAAGUUUCGUUAGUUUCUCAUCGCUUUCGAUGUGUGUGUGUGUGAAUGAUUUUGUUUUUUUUUUUUUUUUUUUUUUUUUUCAGUACUCUAUCGAUGAUAGUCUGCCUUUUAUACUCAACAUUUUUCUGGCCCAGGCCUUUGGCGUGGCCGGCACUGUGGUGAUCACGUGUUAUGGUUUACCGUGGUUUGUUCUCGUUCUGGUUCCUCUCGUCCUUGUGUACUACUUUAUUCAGAAUUACUACCGGAGAACAUCUAGGUAAUUAGAACUUCCGGUUAACGCUUUUAAAGAAAAAAAAAACAUUUCUAUUUGUGACCAUCAUCGAAUCAUAAGGGCUUUGUGACAACCAAUCGCAACUCUUCACAUAGGUCAACUGAGUCCAACUAGACUACAAUCAUUCGUCAGUUAUACGAACUUAAAUUAGUUCUUUCUUGUCCGUAGAGAGUUAAAGCGUCUUAUGAGUGUAACGUUGUCGCCGAUUUACGCACACUUUUCGGAGACUCUAACAGGAUUGGCCACCAUUCGGGCACUGAGGGAUGAGGCAAGAUUUAAACAAGAGAAUGAAUUCAGACUGGAAACCAACCAACGGGCGAACUUCUGUGGUAAGCCAAGAUGCACCGUGUAUCUUUAGGUCGUUGAGUUGUAUUAAAAAAGAACCACGUAAUUUGAAGGAACAAAAUUGAUUCUGGUAAUAACUCAUUCAUUGUAAAAAUAGUUAGAGAAAAAGGCAGUGGAAAAGCCUUGGGGGAGGAGGGGAGAAAGAUCUUUGAAAAGUUGUAAGGGGGAGGGAGUUGAUUUCCAAAAAGUUCACGAAUGAAAGUUCUCUAGGCGAAAUUUCUAGCAUUCUUUGUGGCGGAUAAAAGCAUUUGGACGUUUACAAGGUCAUGCAUGAAUUUUCGCGCGAAGUGUCCCUGCAUUGUGUAGCAACAGGGAGCGCUAGUGUUCAUGGGAAAAUUAUUAUAUAUACAUCACUAAACCUGUCUUGUAACCAACGUGAAUAGAAGAAUAUUUCUAUGUGAUACAAGAGAGCAUUAGGUGGACUCCUUCUAAUGACAUUAUCUCGCAUUUUUCAGCACUUGUUGCAUCGCAGUGGCUCGGGCUUUUCUUGCAGUUCAUUGGCGUAGCCAUGGUAACCGCAGUGGCAUUCAUUGCCGUACUGGAGCAUCAUUUUAGCACCGUAGAUCCGGGUAUGUUAAUGGAUAAAUUUCGAUGCUUUCAAUUCCGGUGCAAACUAAGAGACAUCACCCUCAAUUUCCGUGGUAUGCAACUGUUUAUUUUAAGAUAUUGGGUUAUUAAAAGUAAGUUUUUUAAAUCAGACUCAGGAGACACCAAAACCGAGUUCACUACUUGACAUUAUUAUCUCUAAGCUACAUUCAACACAAAUUUGCCAACAAAACGCUACAACUUGUACUAGUAAGACCCGAAUGGAAACGACAAAGUUCUGUGUUUUCCGCACAGGUCUAGUUGGCUUAGCCAUCUCUUACGCACUCUCGGUGACGGACCGGCUGUCAGGUAUGGUAACGUCUUUCACGGAGACAGAGAAACAGAUGGUGAGCGUGGAGAGAGCUGUUCAAUACAUUGAGGAUGUACCGCCUGAAGUUAGCAGUCAAGACACGGUACUUAUUAACUUCCAGUAAUAGACAGAAUAAGAAAGAAGGUAAAUUUUUAGUUCGGUAGUGAAGUAGAGAAAGAUGUCUUUUUGUCAUGUCUUGAGCCUGGAAUAAGGAAAACAGUUCAGAGUCCCCAUGAGAUGUAAGACUUUCGGAUACAGUGCUCAGAUGCUCUACCACUGAGCCAUAGAGAUUCUAUGAUGAGCUUGGUCAUUACGAGGUUUCUUAUGUGACACGCUACCUACCUAUUGCAGGAUCAGCAAUGUCGAAAACGUUAUGUGCGUAAAUAGAAAGAUGGUGAAUUUUAAGCUCGGUAGGUUACUAAAGAAAGAUAAUCUCGUCUUGUCACGAGCGUGGAUCUAAGAAAAAUUCCGAGUCCCCUUGAGGAAUCGAACCUCAGGCCCUUGGAUUCCUACGAAAAAAGAAAAUUAGUAAGGGAAAACUUUGCAACCGCGCAAUCUGCGUGGUAUUGUUUAUCUUUUGCUUGUUCAACAGUUUUAUCUGAGAGAGAGGGAAAGGUGUGUGUCUAAAGACUCAUUGGUUAGAAAGAUGUCUUCCCGCCUUUAUUAUCUCGCUUGUUACAAUUUUUUUUUUUUUUUGGUUCUUGACACUGAGGGGACAUAUAAAAGAGAAGUUGGUCUUUCAUUAAGUUAGUUUAACUCAGUGCGACUACUCUUCUCGGUUUUUGCAGGUCCCCAACUCGUGGCCCUCUCGCGGUCAGCUCACUUUCCGGAAUGUCAGCCUAGUGUAUCGGUAAGUUAGGUUGUUUGGAGUCACGUGGUUACUGGGGAACUCAUCCGUCUUGCGCGAAAUGCUUGGUGUUUUACAGUGCUUGCGCUCUGGGGAACAAUGCUGCAAGGACACAGCGGCAAAAUGAGUGCGCAUGCUUGUAACACUCGAGAAAUUUUACGCGCGCAAAGGAAUGAGAACGACUAUUUCUUUUAUAAAACUAUGGCGGCACUUUUAAGAUUCCCAUCGCUCGUUUUAAUUUUGCGGGAAUAAGCUCAAACUAAAACAGAUAAUGUUGCCGUUUCAGGAAAGUGUCUAUCGAACCUUCUUUGUCACAUUUCACACAUCUUGCUGGAAUUACUAAACGCUCCUCCAAAGCGCUAAAUCCGCCGAGCACGCGCACUCGUUUUACCACUGAGUCUGCUGCAAGUGAAGACCAAUACAGUAAGUGCGGGAAAGUAUAUAACUCGUAUAACGCAUGGGAAAACGUGUCAGCGAUGACAAGAGAGGGAAAGGUGUAGGAGAGCAAUUUGUUUUUUUCAAUUUUUUUUAAAUCUUGCGCGGAUGCAAUUGCGCUAAAUUUACCUUGAAAUAUGGAUCAGCGCGGCCGCAAAAAUCGUUGGAACAAUAUGUCGGAUUAAGACAAAGACUUACUGCGAAUUUAUCGUAUACAUCAGUUCGAAUACCAUCCUAACAGACCUAAGGAUCAAAAUUACCUGUUAUGGCAGAAUACCUCUCAUUUGUUUAAUGCCAAGUUUUUUCUUUAUAGACCAGGUUUGCCUCAAGCACUUCGCGGGGUAUCAUUCUCAACAACUGCCGGGGAAAAGGUAACAUGAACCCCAUAAUAUCCUUACGUUAUCCCGCAAACAGGAAACGAGAUUACUCAAACUUAUCAGGUAGAAGUUGUUUCCUGGAACUAACAAAUUCUCGUAACUAAUUUAAAAGGAAAUGUUUAGCAGGUAGAGGAGACAAGUAACAGGGGGUUUAAGGAUUAACGACCAUUGCGGGAAAGGUGCAUGAAGUCAUGUUCUACUUGAGAAUGAUAGUGAAACUGCCUUUAAAUAGAAAUUCAUUGUGACCAGCGGAAUCGAUCUCUUGGUACUUAGGUGUUUAUGUCAGCUUAGGAACAGGCCCUUUAGUCGAGGAUGGGGCUACGGGGAAAGUAUGGGAGCAAAGGAACGUGGUGAGAACUUCGUCGCUCACCUCUCCCCUCACCCUUCCCCCCCUCCCCGCUGGCCGCUUUACCGGCACCUAUCUUUGCUCGGCCUUCUCACCGGAACCUUUUCAGAGGGUACGCUUGUGGAAGAAGUUCGCUUGUCACGUCUUCCUAUAAAAAAAAGACCUAAUGUCUGUCACUUUGUUGAAAUAUGUUCCUGUUAUGAAAUUUCAUUUGUACUUUUGGGUACACAACAUAGAAGUGGAUGAUAUGCUAUCAAAAAUUUUGGUCUGGCUUUGUUGCAUUACUGAUGUGAUUGGAAUGAUUAUGCUCUGUGUGCGCCAAUAUUUCACUUCAAACGAAAAACUCUUUUCAACUCUCAUAAAACUAUUUAGUAUGAAAAGAUUCCCAUAACUUCCAGUUUUCGCCUAUUGUUUUGUUUGUUUGAUUGUGCAGCUUGGCAUUGUUGGUCGAACAGGCUCUGGUAAAUCAAGCCUCUUUCAAGUUCUGUUUCGAAUGAUUAUCAGCUACCCGGGGGCUGUGUUAAUUGAUGGCAUCAAUAUAGCCUCUGUACCGCUGGAUAUUCUCAGGUUGGUUUUACUGUGUGACCAGCUCGGUGAGGAAUAGGUGGUGUCCACGUGAGGGUAUCAUACAUUAAAUAAUUUAUCUGAAGAAAUUUUAGUGUGUAACGCGGGUAAACUGGUGUGAGGAGGAAAAAAAAAUAGCUUUCAAUCCCUCUCCUCCCUAAGCUAUUUAUUCAGGCUAGCAGCAGUGCGUAAGGCCUAAAUUAACGUUACCUGAUUGGCCUGCGCUGGACUAGCAUCCCCUUUAGAAUAGGAUGGGUAUAGGAAUAUACUCACAAUUCUCACAGUCGCUUUAUGCUACGGAAUCUGGGAAAGGAGCCGCUGGGUGAGGCCCAGAACCCCUGGGAGAGACCUAGAGUCCUCGGGCUUCAAAGCGGGCUUUGCCAUUUUUUGUCCACGUUUGCAAUAGUGGUACGAGACGUCUGAAGUCUCUUGUUUUUGUUUUAGAUCUCGACUGGCCAUCAUUCCUCAGGAUGCUUUCCUUUUUAGUGGAGCAGUGCGGGACAAUCUUGACCCGUGGAAAAGAGUAAGUGGUGUUUGUAUACAUUAUUAUUGUUACUCAAGGGAGACAAGUUUAUAUUUGCGUUCGACGUUAGGAGACUAAAUACCAUUCGCUUCGCUUCUUUCUGGCUGCUGUGCGAUGUAGGCGCCAUCUUGGACUGGCCGGCUACUCGCUUCGAUUUCAUGCGAAGCUUUAAUCCCGCUGUCCAAGUGUGGUCUCGAGGGUUGACUCGCUUCGGUCCUGGAUGACAUGGGAAGAUAUGGUUGCAAACUGCAACCAUUCGAUCGAACAACAUAAGUUACUACAAAUCAGAAAUUUUCGAAGGUUUUAUCAUACACUGGAUUUUUCAAGCCGAGACAAAAAUAUACAUUCCUAAGCUAGAUCAAACGUACUUGUCAAAUCCAUAAUUAUUACUAGCCGAUUGAAGUUUCUUAGUGUUACUUCCUUUUCUUUAAGUGUUCCGAGGCUGAACUGUGGACGAUUUUAGAACGUUGUCACCUGCUUCAAGCCGUACGAGAACUCGGUAAGCUUAAUUGUUAAGCUCCCAAUAGAGUACAGUUAUCAACACCAGCAUUUUUCAUGUGAUUAAUUUAAAGUGUUUUUAUUCGUAGGUGGUUUGGAUGCUGACGUUGGUGAACGUGGGCGACAUUUUUCAGUUGGUCAGCGGCAGCUGGUGUGUCUAGCAAGAGCCCUUUUGACGAGAGUCAAGGUGAUUAUUGACAGUUUGCUAAUUACGGGCUAUUGCUAUCAAAUAUUCAGUCUUUCAAACAUAUUAAACGUACCUGUUCCAGGGAGACGUGGUGGUGUUAUGGUAAGUGCGUUGGUUUAAAACCUGGCCGGUUCUUUGGCAGAUCACUACUUUUACGCUGCCUCCGUUCACCCAGGAGUACAAAUGGGUGCUGGCAAAUUGUCAGGGAAGCUUGAUUAUACGCUGGGGGAUAACCUUGCGAUAUACUAGUGUCCCGUCCAGGGGGGAGUAGUGAUACUCCUGGUCGCCUCAUGCUACAUGGAAACUGGGAUAAGCUCCGGCUGAAUGGGGUAAUAGGCUUAUGUACAGACUUAGCUUUACGUGUUCCAGGCAUGUAGUUAGUGGAAAGCAUUGCCACUAUAGCUCCAAGAAAGAAAAGAGGUUAUGAAGGCGUUGCAAACGCAUUGAACAGGAUGAAAAUGUUCCUUUUGAAUAGAAGGGUUUAUAUCAACUUAAGCUUUAUAACUCCAUUGUGACGGAACUUUCUGUUAAGAGAGGAAGGCUGAAAUGAAUAUGUCUUCAAAAUCCUGCUGGUAGUAAAAAUAACCGCCGGCCCCCCCCCCCCCACCCCUACAUGUGGUGCAUCCCUACCUUGGGAUGCACACAUUCCUUUAAUUUGUAAGAGUGACUGGCUUCUAAUUUCCCCUUACAUUAUCUUCUGCGAUUUUAAUGUAAAGGGCAUGAAGAUGAAUGAAAUGAUUUUAAGAAAGGAAAACAGAUUUUCUUUUCCGUUAAGAUCGAGAAUAACUUCACGGGAAUCAACAUAUCCCUGCAAACGGCCUGACUUUGCUUUUCUUGUUUACGUGUGCCAGGUUUUGUGCAUCGAUGAAGCGACGGCGAGCGUGGACCUUGAAACAGACAAGCUAAUCCAGAGGACGAUUAGAAGUGAAUUUAAAGAAAGCACUGUCUUGACAAUUGCGCACAGGUUAGAAAUGUCAUUUUUUUUCAGCCAUGGCAGAAUAUCAACCGCUCUUUAACUUUAAUCGUUUUUAAAAAAAAAAAAAAACUUUAUGGCAAUUUAGAAAAAAAGUAAUGACAACUUCGUUCGUAAGCUCUCGGAGGGAAGAAAGGAGAGCGAGAACCUAGGAACGAGUUGAAAAUCACAACUCGUACUUUGACUCAAAGCGCUCAAAAUAAUCCUCACCUCUGGAAAUAGGAGAAGUUAUGAUGAAAUCCCUCGCCCUGGCAAUGAUCUGAUCUCUCUUUCUAUCUUGCAGGCUAGACACUAUUAUGGACAGUGACCGUGUUUUAGUGAUGGAUCGGGGGACUGUGGUCGAAUGCGACACCCCAGGGGCGCUUCUUGAAAACAAGCAUUCCUUCUUUUAUGGUCUUGUUCACAGCACUAGAACCAAGGACAACUGA